CGGCCCCGCCCCGCCCCCCAUAGAGAUGCGGGGAGGGCGAUGAGUAGAGCGACCACCGCGCGUGGAAAGAAAGCUCCUUCUUCUCUAUGCUACUUAACCCCUGCGCAUGCGCCGUUUUCGGCUCGGCGGCCAUCUUCCUUCGCGGGAGGAGGAGGAAAAUGGAGCCCGGCGGGGUCCGCCGUGAGAAGGUGCCGCCGCUCCCGCCGCCGCAGCAGGCGACCCCGCCCAAGAUCAAGGACGGGCCCAGCAGCCGCCUUGAGAAGGCCAAGCAACGCGCGGCUCAGCAGGAGCUGAAGCAGCGGCAGCGGGCCGAGAUCUACGCCCUCAACCGGGUGAUGACUGAACUGGAGCAACAGCAGUUUGACGCCUUCUGCAAGCAGAUGCAAGCUUCCAGUGACUGAGGGCGAGCCACACUCCAGACAGGCCGGUCAUUUAUGUCCCAUGUGUGGCUUCCCUCAAGGACCAGCACUUCUGCACCCUGGGCCACAGUCAGUGGCCUGGCAGAAUGGGCCACCCAGGAACAGGGGGAACUGGCCAGCCUCUGCUCCCACCAGCUGACUGCCUUUAGCCACCAUCUACAGCUUCCCCGACAAACCCUCUUUUCUUGAACUACUGGCCUGUCUUUGUUAAAAUGGAGUUCCGUUUUAUAAUUAUAUUUAUUACUUUGGUUUGAAAAAUGAAGUUAUUGUGUUUUUUAAAAAAUAAAGCCUGCCUCUAUGA